AUGUCUAGUCCUCAAGGAAAUGGCGGCAGUCGUCCUACUUGGCAAGAACGGCUCGAAGUGAAAAAAGAUCACUGUAGAAGAGCUAAAAUGCAACCUCCGGUUUUCAACAUCGUCUCGGACCGACGAGGAGGUCGUACUGCUUGGUCCAGCACAGUUACUGUCCAGGGGCAAAACAUUGCUGCUCGCUACUGGUAUGAUGGCCAGUAUAUAAACAAUGCAAAAGAAGAUGCCGCAGAGGUAGCUCUCAUGCAACUGAACGCCCAGACUCGUUCUCCAACAGUUUUCCCUGGACAGUUAGCCCCUCAAGCGAACGGGUACGGCCGUAUGGGGUAUUGA